UACUUUUUUCCAAACAAUUUCUAUCGCAGGAAACGUUAUUAAGCCAGUGUGCGCAGUUAAUGCUUUCUUUGUUUUGAGUUAAACCAUAUGAAUGCAACUAUUUGGAGUUUCACCUUCAAGACUCGGCGUGUUCCCACCACACCUGCUCCCCCGCUGCAGGAUUAUGCUUUUAUUUUGAAAUGCGGCAGAUUUGGUUGAACCUCCUUUAGGAAAAACCUGAGAUUCCUCAGACAGGUGCAGCAGCUACCUGGAACACCUGUUACGGUUUUGCGUGUUUCUUUUCAGGUUUCCUCUGAACCCUCCAGUCGCCUGUCGUGUGUUUACAGCCCGUUAAAGGUUUUUUUGCCCCACAUGGUCGUUUCUACGUUACCCGUUACUGCUGAGUAACCGGUUCCUGCUCUUUCCCCGGGGCCUGGUAAACUGUCAAUGAAGAAAGAAAAACAAACGAGCUCAUUCCAGACAUUUUCUCUGUGAUGACAUAUUGUCCCAGAGAUUUGAAACCUUUUCGCGUGACCGUCAGUGACGUUACUGGGCUCGUGCUUCGGGAUCGCGAGCGUUUCAAAACCCCGCCUCGUUAAAUCCACCUGUUGCAGCACCUGGAGCAGAGCAGCAGUGCCGGGCUGCAGGACGACAGCAUGGCAGGACGUUGCUGAACAUGCUGUCCGGUUGCAUCGUGGGAGAUGUAGGCGCCAGCAGGGACUGACAUUUAAGUGAAAUUGUAAAAGGGUGUUCACUCCGGCGAGGGGAUGGCGGGAGUUUUCUCCUAUGAGAGUUCAGAAAUCGACUGGUGCGAAGACAACUACAGACACUCUGAGCAUGUGGUCGAGUCCUUCAACACGAUGAGCAGCUUCAUUUUCUUCAUUAUCUCUCCCAUCAUGCUCUACCUUCUGCACCCAUAUGCCAAAGAGAGGAGCUUGGCGAUCCACCUGGUUUGGGUCAUGAUGAUUUUUGUAGGGCUGUUCUCGGCGUACUUUCACAUGACUCUUAGUUUCGUCGGUCAGAUGUUGGACGAGCUCUCGAUCUUGUGGGUGUUGGCGGUCGGUUAUGCCGUCUGGUUCCCUCGCAGACUCUUCCCUUCUUUUAUAAAAGACAGAUCCACGUUUUCAAAGCUCGUCCUGGUGAUCACGGUCAUCAGCUCUGUGUCGUCAUUCAUCAAACCUACGGCCAACGCCUACGCGUUAAACUGCUUCGGCCUCCAUCUGCUUUACACUCUGAUUACGGAGAUGAAAUGCUGCACUGACCAGAAGGCUCUGCGACUCGCCAAGCUGUCGAUCGCUCUGUGGGUGCUCGCCAUCUCCUGCUGGCUCGGUGACCGCUUUGGCUGCAGCUUCUGGCAGAGGAUCAACUUCUGCUACCUGCAUGGUUUUUGGCACAUUCUGAUUGUGAUAGCUGUAGCCUACGGCAGCACGCUGAUAGCCUACCUGGAUGCCAACUACGAGAUACCGUACUCGCUGCCUGGACUGCAGUACUGGCCCUGUGAUAGAUGGGCUGUUGGAUUACCUCACAUCGUCCUGAAAGGCAACUCCAAGACUGAGAAACGGUGCUGACGACGUGAAAAUCUAAUUUAACUCUGAAAGAACAUUUCUGUUAGUUUACUCAACUUCUGCAAUCGUGAAAAAGAUCAAUACCUGCUUUUCGCCUUCUUACCAAAAGCACAUCACCACCAACGUUGUCAACCCCCCAAACCUGACUGACACAUAUUUUAACACUCGGGUUAACGCUGGACGACAAAUAAACCCCGUCCGAUCCUGAAAGUGUAUUAUUUUAAACCAUGGCAGGAUAACUGAAUGUGUACAGCGUGCAAACGAAAUCAUCGAGGUUAGAAAUCCCUCAAAUCCAGAGUCAGACGGGGUAAGAGGAGGGGGGUUUCCAAAGCUUCCUGCACUGCAAGACAGUAUAACAAGAAAAGAUGGCACGUGUGUUUUGCUUUUGCUACUUUAAGCUUUUUAAAUUAGUUUAAUUUAUUUAAAACAUGAAAAUGAAACAAGACUUGUUGUAAUAUACAACACCUCUGGAGGGCGCUGUAUAAAGCACAGUGUAAAUGCGUCAGUGCAACGAUUUAAAACCAAUAAAGUGUAAAGCAGUGUCAAUUUAUAUAUUUAAUCAAGGUUAAAUAUGUUACUUACACUUAUGUAAAGUAUGAGUUUAUAGUUAUUUUCAUUGUUAGCUAUGCAAUCGCCUGAAAUACAGUAAUUAGUGUAUCAAUUACAUGGUCACAGAUUACUUUUUAGCCUUUAAAUUCAUAUUUCUAACACAGAAAGGGCACUACUUUAACUGGAAACUUUGAGCUUUAUUUAUCUUUUCAACGCAUGAUUGUUUUAUUUAAACACUUGCUUGAACAGUAAAAGCUAUAAUUGUAAAUUAGUGCUGGAAACAGAGCCCUGUGACUGCAGAGGGUCAAAGAUGGCUGAACUUUUGUGGAUGUGCACGUGAUAAAAGUGCGGUUUUACUGAAACAUGUUUCACCUUUUAAGACAAUGAGCUUUAUAAAUCCGUGUGCAGUGAUCUUUAAUGUUGGACUCAUGUAAAUGCUCUUACUUUGUUUAUCAGGAUACAGAUGCACUGUGACUGUAUGUUUUGUUAUGAUAAAAUUAUUGCUUUACCAAGAGGGCAAAAAAACGAAUCUUGGCUUUAAGUGCUACAGAGAAACGUGUUUACAUUAAAAAUACCUCAGUGUGUGACACCGGUGCGCCCCGUCCUCGUGGCUCGUAACCUGCGCUCAGUUUUGUCCCAUUUUCAGUCACUAAAAUGUUUCAGUUCAUAAACUUAAGUUAUCUCUCUGAGCCGUUUCACUGGGGAAAUGCUGCUGAAAUAUGACUCUACAGUUCAUAACACAAGCCAGGCUCAGAGCAGCCUGUUACACGCCUCUUUGCUCUUUUGUUUUUUCCUUAGGUUGAGAAUAGCAACCAUAGAUCAUUUAUGUAAACAAAUACAGGCAUCGUUUUCAUUUUAGUGUGCAACACUGACCUCGUGUGGAUGAAGAGACGACAGCAGGUGACGGCUUGCAGCCAAGUAUCAGAGAAGCAUUAAUUUCCUUCACGACAAAAUAAAUUCUCGUGUAGCUUUUUUUUUCCUGACUGAAAACUCUCCGUUCACUUACAGAAAUGUUUGUGCACAAGUCGAGGGUCACCAGGAUUUAAGAGAUGAGGCUAAUCACUAAUCAGUAUGGACUUUUCGACUUCACCAUGAUAUGGGAUUUUCUUUUUCUUUUUUUUUUUGUUUGUUUUGUAAUAUUUGAAUCUUUUCUUUUUUUCUUUUGGUUCAGCUUUGUUAAUGAAAAUUUCUCAGAUUGAAAAAACGGGAGCAAUAAUUUACCUUUACUGAAACGUCCCACGGCUAAUGUCCAAACAAAAUCCAAAGAAAGGUUAAGAUCAGCUGGGUUAGAUCAUUUAUUCAGAGAGAUACUUUAUGUUUUCUGGAAAUAUAUUUGUGCAGAUUUGAUAUAAAUUCAUCUGUAAUUUAAAUAAAGAUCUAUGUUACCUGA